CUUAUCAUAAUAAUUGAAAAAAAUAAGUAUCUGUAAUCCAAGUCCUUUUGUCACUGUCACAGUCACCUGUCCCUGUCACUAUUCAUAAUAACAUCUGUCAAUAUGAGAUAUUUUAAAAACUGUAAAAAGUGGAAACAUAAGAUUUUUGUUUUAUUUUAGAUUAUGGUGAUUUAAUUUAUAUAUUUCUUUGAACCAUGCUUUCUGUUUGAUGAAAAGCACCUUCAAAAAUAUUGCACAACACUUAAGUACUGCUUUAUUUAUGACUUUAUUAUUAUAAUCUUUAUCCCAACAAAAAUAAACAAUUAAAAUAGAAGGGAAUCAAUAAAUUGUUAAAUCAGAACAGCAGAACUUGCUGACAAGAAUACAGCAGCUUAAAUAAAUCAGGACAUAUAAAUUUUGUAAAAGUAGUUGAAAAUGUUAACUGGUGCUAAUGUCAACAGUGUUUCUGAAGAAACUGAUUGGCCUACCUUCUUUAUUAUUCCAUUUGAUGCCUGUGGUCAAGUGAAAGUACUGCCUGAUGGAAGCAUAUACCUUAUUACCAAUGAAAACCCACAGAGUGAAGAUCAAACAAAUGAGGCUAUCCUCAGUAGCUUCGAGUCUAAUAUUGCAAAUCAACCAGAAACACCAAAACUUGUCAAAAUUCAACCACAAAUUAAUGAACUGGAAGAACUACCAGUCCCUGUAGCACAAAACGGUGCAAUAGAUGCACCAUAUUCAUGUUCAGCUUGUCAGGCUACUUUCUCAACUCCCAAAGAACACUCAGAUCACUUAAAAUGCCACAAAAAGUUUAAAUGUACGAAUUGUCCAGCCACCUACAACAUUGAAACCAACUUGAAGAUACACUUCGAGUUGGUGCAUCGUACUGAAAAUACCUUAAGAAACUGCCCGAUAUGUGGUGUUGCUUUACGGUUCAAAAGGGCAGCUAGUUUGAAGUCACACAUGAUGAUCCAUCAAGUUGAGGAGGUGUAUACGUGUGAGCAAUGUGAAGCCGAGUUUGAAAAAGAGAACGAAUAUUCCCAACACGUCAUCUCCCACAAUUCCAAAAAACCAGAACAGGAACCCCCUUUAUCAUGUCCUCAGUGCAUUCUUCAAUUCGAAACAAAAGAAGAGCUGAAACUGCAUAAAGCCAACCAUACAAAAGCAUGGAAGUACUUCAAACGAAAAAGAACCAAACAAAAAGGUCCUGCUAGGAAUGUAAAGUACACCUGUGAUAUUUGUAAUAAAGGUUUUAUCAAGAAAUCACUCUUAGAAAGACAUGAGAGGAUACAUAGUGGAGAAAAGCCGUUUGAAUGUAAUUUAUGUCAGCAAACAUUUAGCCAGAAAGUAACUUUAGAAAAUCAUUUACUGAAACACACGGGACGUAAGCCAUUUGCUUGCUUUUUGUGCCCGGCUAGAUUCAAUCAAAAAGGAAAUCUAAGAGUCCACAUCAACAAAACUCACACUGCACCCCAAAACGGCCAAAAAGUAUUCAAAUGCUCACAAUGCUCGUGCAUGUUCAAGCGAAUAGCAUCCCUCAACGGACAUGUGACCAAAGCCCAUCUCACGGUAGAGUCUACAGAAGACGGUGUGGUUAACGAUGUUUUGAACAACCUGAAAGACCUAAAAGACUUAAAAAACACGAAUUUCGAGACUUCUGUUACUUUAACCGAGUCUGGCAGCGAAAAAAAGUAUUCGGUGAAGUUGAAAAAAAUCGGAGAUACGAAAUGGUACAAGUGUACGUAUUGUUUUAAGUUGUGUAAGAAGCCUAGCGAUAUUAUAAGGCACAUCAGGAUACAUACAAAGGAAAGACCUUAUGAGUGUAAAUUGUGUCCUGCAACAUUUACUUCCAAAGCUGCCGUACAUAAUCACAAAAAACUACAUUUCAGCAAGAUAUUCAAAUGCGAUGUUUGCGACAGCGUUUUAGAUUCAAAUAUGGAAUACAUCGAUCAUCUGCACAAAGGAGAAUGUGGAAAACUACUCUUACCAAAUUUACCGGACCAAGUAGAUUCUGUCAUUAGUAAAGUACCCAAACAAACGGGUACAGCCGAUUCUGAUGUACUCCCCGAAGUUCCAACUCCAAACACUUCAGAUACAACCGUUGCGAAACCUUUCCAUUGCACGAUGUGUAGUGCAAGAUUUAGCAAAAAGACCAAUCUACACAAGCACGUCCAGACACACGAAGCAUUGAGGUACUACAAAUGCCCUUCAUGCUCAAAAGUAUUUCUGAGUAUGCACCAGCUGAAAGAACACAUGAGUCAGCACACUAACAACAAAAAGUACCACUGCAAGAUUUGUAGCAGGAAGUUUCCGACAGUUGCAAGGUUUCGAAAGCAUAUGGCGUAUCAUACCAGUGCAAAAAUGUUAAAAUGUCCUUAUUGUCCUAGGACUUACCCGAAUGAAGAAAUCACUAAGAUUCAUCUUAAGAUUUUCCACAAAAAAGGUCUGAUAGUGGAGGAAUCUGAACCAGUAAAUGAUAUUCAAGAGCCUGCGAUAACAUCAAUUGCAACACCCAUAGCUGAAUCUGAUCAAUUGAAAGAUGUUGUAGAGUGUGAAGAUACUGUAGCUACAGAAAUUAUUAAUAUAAAUAAUGCAGAACCAAUAGGAGAUGCUCAAAUAAACCCGGAUUUUCAGACCUUUAGCGUUAAUUUGGAGGAUAUCCAACUAUUGAACCAAGGUGUAUUCAGUACUUUGGUACAAAAUGUUACGGUCCCAGACAAUUUCCAGCUUGCUCCUGCUUCCACUCUGAUCGAACCGACUGAAACCAAUGAAGUGCUUCUGUACAACGCCGCUCCUCAACCCCUGGAAAACGUACCUGAAACAACUGAAGACGUGUACGACGACACUGAUACCAUAUUUCAACUUACAGACAAUAUCAAUGACAAUAAAAAUCUGUACAAAGGCGCAAGCAUCUUAUGCAUGGCAUGCAAUCAAGUGUUCUCGAACACUCUUUUUGAACAGCACGCUUGUAGAGAUACCUUAACUGAUAAGACUGCUGUGGCACUAACAGAAGACGAAAUCGAAGCGAGGAUACAAGAGAUCGAACAAACACUAGGGAUACUACAAGAUGGCAACACAUCUUCGAAAGAUCAACUUCAAGAUUUAGAUAAAAUAGAACCUUGUCAAAUCUUCCAGUGUCCCGCGUGCAACAAAGCGUUCAAAAGCAGAUUGGCUUUCAAGAAGCACAUCAAGAUGCACUCAUGUUGGGAGUGUUACAAGUGCAAAAAGGUGUUGAUAGGAAAAAACGCUUAUCUAGAGCAUGUACAGUCUCAUAAAAAUAGUAAGAUGUUCCCUUGUUCGUACUGCAAGAAGUUGUUUAAGAAACCUUCAGAUUUGGAAAGACACCAUCGUAUCCAUACGGGAGAAAAGCCUUUCGAAUGCACGAUCUGCCACAAGAAGUUCACUCUUCGAGCAACCCUCAAGAGCCACCUUCGAACGCAUGAUCCUCAACAAAAACAAUACCCGUGUGACGUCUGUGACGUCCUUUAUUCGUCCAAGACCAGUUUGAAGAUGCAUAUGACCCUACACACAGGUGUGUUGCAUUACAAAUGCCACGUCUGCAAGGCCGAGUUCCGAACGCCGAGUGCCAAAAAAGCCCACAUGGAGAUGGGCCACAAAUCGUCACAUAAUACGAAGACCAAAAGAAAGAAUAAAAUCGCCAACAUUUUGAGGUCUGCCAGUAACAAGUUGGUGUCACAGAGUGUAGAAGAGAUUCAGGGGGAAGCGCACGAGUACGUGACAUACGAAAACAUCCCAGUGGAAAUAGAUCAGGGGCAGCUAUUAACCCAAACGGAAACUCUGGACCUCACGUCGCAAAUAACCGACCUAAAUCUUCCUCCAGGAGCAAUCCUGUCCACCAUACAAGAAGGCGACAUUACUGUGGAUCCCAACUUACUGCAGCAAUUCCAGAUGGCCGACGUGGUGUUGACGACGAAUCCCGAACCUGAACCAGGACCUUCGAUAAUAAUCGAUGACGUUAGCAGCUUUUUGAAUCUGAACCCUACGACCAAUAACAUUCAGAUAGUUUCUAUGCCUGAAAACGACGAAGGGGGAGUCACUAUUAGUAUUAAGGAAGAGGAAGAGAUAGCACCGAAGAAGGGCAAGUCAGAAAAAUCAAAACUGGCAGUCCAGUGCGAUUUGUGCUUACGACUACUGGCUUCCAAAGACGGUUUGAGAAAACACAAGAAGAACGUGCACGGUCACAAGAGGAAACACUCAUGCUUUAAGUGCGACGAGAAAUUCGACACCAAAGAGCAGCUUGCCGUGCACGAGAAAAUACAUUUGGCAGCUUUACCGUGUCCCAUUUGCCCAUUGGCGUUCGAGACUGAGGCGACACUGAAGGAACACUUGUACAGGGUACACUCAGUCGCCAAGUCAAGUGAAGAAACUCUUUCUUUGUUCAACUUGAAGCUAGCCUCGAUGGACGAUCCCUUGUUAAAUAAAUACGGAGUGACGUAUUUUAACUAAAACGUGUUUAACUCAUAAGUUAUGAUAAUGGUUGUUCUAAAAUUUAUGAAAGAUUUUAAUUUAAUAGAAGACUGCUUUUUUUUUCUUUAGAUUGUAAUUUUUCUAAAUAAUGAAACACGUAUAAAAAUAUAUAUAAAUAAUCCAAGUAAAAUUUAAAUUAAAAAAAAAAAGAAUAUGCGUGUGUGUACUUUGUACGCACGUAAGAAGUUAUACUUCGAAAUUAAUAUGUACUUUAAACAGUUUAUUUAUAUUUUAUUUACAUAUUAAACAAAUUUUAAUACCUACUACUUUCCAAAAAUUUUUAUUAAAACAAUACCAAAAAUUAAAAAAAUAAAAGAAUUAAACACACACAAACACAAUGAAAAAUGCCACAAAGAAAUUAUUUCUGAACAAUAAUUGUUGGCAAAAAUUUUAACUAAAUACGCAUUUUCUGAAAAAAAAUUAUAUAACAAAUAUACUUACAAUCAUAAAAUGUAUAAAAAAAAAUAAAAA